AAACGAUUGGGGCUACUUGAGCUCCACUUUAUUUUGACAGUUUGCAGGCAGCGGACCGUUUUCAAUUAUCGCGCGGUGUAAACAGCUGACUAUAAGCGCCGUUGUUCGUGGAAAAAAGAGUAAAAUAUUCAGGAACUUUAAGUCAACACGCUUCAUUUAAUUGGUGAUAAAAGAGCUGGAAGAAUUUACUUUGUUCAAGAUUGACUUUGUUUGCAACUAUUUUGAUAACAAGUGUUAGGUAAUCUAUUAUCACAAGACGAGGAAAAACAUAAACAAGAAUGGUUUCAUAUUUCGUACCGCGUGGGCGCUUUCUGAUGAAAGCAGGUAAUUUAAGGCAAGCGGCUCAUCUAAAGCAAGUCCAGCAGCAACAAGAGCCAGGAAAGUGGCCUAUGUUGCGCCACUUUCGCCAAUCUUUUUCGACAAAGUUGUGUCGGAAUGGUGCAGAUGCAGAAUCAAAACAAGGGAAUAUAAAAUCGGUUGUUCGUUCCAAUAACACAUUGGGCAAGAAUGCUAUUAAGGAUGAAAGAAGGUUUAACAAGCAGGAGCUGGUAAGCCGCAGUGUUUGGACAAAAUGGACUGGAUUUCUUUUACGCUGGACACCUGUCGGCAUUUGCCUGUUUGGAGUCAUUGAGUGGCAAUGGCACAAGCAAAAAUGUAACACUGAAAACUUGCCUCGCACUGCUUCCACUUUUCAAUCAAAAGUAUACUGUUCUUUACCACUGCGCAUAAUAAGUCGAUGCUGGGGGUGGUUAGCUGCCUGUUAUGUACCUGUUUCACUCCGACCUUACAUAUAUGGUUGGUACUCAAGCAUAUUCGGUGUGAAUUUGGAAGAGGCUUUGCAUCCUGACUACAAAUACUACAAUAGUCUCGCAGAAUUUUUCACGCGAUCGCUGCGAGAAGGCGUACGACCCAUCGAUCAAAAAGCAGCAAUUGUUUCUCCUGCGGAUGGACGAGUUUUACAUUUUGGAUCUGCACAGAAUGCAUUAAUAGAAGAAGUAAAAGGUAUAAAGUAUAGUGUACAAUCCUUCUUAGGUCCAGUUACGUGGCGCGAUCGCUUAACCGGUGACUUCACAGAAGAGUUAAAAGAGCACAACGAUGGCUCAACCGAGCUUUAUCAGUGCGUUAUAUAUUUAGCACCUGGGGAUUAUCAUCGUUUUCAUUCUCCGGCUGAGUGGCAACCUAAACUAAGACGUCAUUUUUCCGGAGAGUUGUUAUCAGUCAAUCCAUGCAUAGCUACAUGGCUUCCAGAACUCUUUUGUCUCAACGAGCGAGCUGUAUAUUUGGGAAAAUGGAAACAUGGCUUUUUCAGUUACACAGCAGUGGGCGCGACCAAUGUGGGGUCUGUGCAGAUAUACAUGGAUGAAAGUUUGAAAACGAACCGUUGGACGGGAUUGAAAUUAGGAGCUUAUGCAAAUCGGCAUAUAUAUGAUGAGACUCCCCUACCGAAAGACAAAUCUUUGGGGCGAGGCGAAUUGCUGGGACAGUUUAAUAUGGGUAGCACAAUAGUGCUUUUGUUUGAAGCGCCUACAAACUUCCAGUUUAACAUUAAAAAUGGACAGAAGAUACAGAUGGGGGAAGCCCUAGGCACCCUGGAGUAAACCAAAUUUGAUUAGCCACUACUAGUGGCCUUAAGCCGAAAAACUUCUUGAUAUGAAGACAACUGCAAAUGUUGCGAUUAUAAUAUAAUCGUGGCGCCAGUCGAAAUAUUUGAAAUGAUCUACAUAUGCAUGCAUGCGAAGGCAACUAAUUGUGAUGCCUUCUAACUUGUUAAGCAAUGUAAGGGCUGCUUUUAUCUUUGAUUAUAAUUUUUAUCUUUAAAUAUGGUUAUCAUAGCCGUUUGCCAAAUAUAGAACUUUAAAACAA